AUGAAGAGACUCGGAGUUGACCCACCAUGUAGAGUCCUCGACCCAAAUGAAGAAGUGCUUUUGGCUGUCUCUUGCGAUCCUUUUGCUUUCGGACAAGAGGACACCAACAAUGACCGUACCACCGUCGAAUGGUCCAACACUCUAGACGGCGCCGCCAAGCAGUUCCGUCGUGAAUGGCUUCAGAAAGAUGGAAUGGUCCGUCGUAAGAAUCUUCCAAUCAACUACAACCCAUAA